UUCGUCUCCUCCCAACCAAGCUCCAAAAUGAGCCCCGAUGGCAUUCGCAACAUCGUCGGCAUCAUCGGAAACAUCAUCACUCUUGGGCUCUUUCUCUCGCCGGUGCCGACGUUUUUGAAGAUAUGGAAGAGGAAGGCAGUGGAGGAUUUCUCACCGAUCCCUUAUUUAGCGACAUUGUUGAACUGUGGGUUGUGGGUUUUCUAUGGAAUGCCUUUUGUUCACCCAAAUAGUAUUCUCAUUGUUACUAUCAAUGGGGUUGGUGUUGUUCUUGAGUCGCUGUACAUCAUCAUGUUCUUCGUUUACGGCACUAAGAAACUUAGGUUGAAGAUGGUGAUGAUUUUGUUGGCGGAGAUUGUGUUCAUGGUGAUUGUUAUAUUGGUUGUCAUGCUCAGCACUCCGUCUUACGGUAUUCGGACGAAGAUUGUUGGAACUCUUUGUAUUGUCUUUGGGACUAUUAUGUAUGGCUCGCCGCUCUCGAUUAUGGGACUUGUUAUCAGGACUAAGAGUGUUGAGUACAUGCCUUUCUACCUAUCUCUUGCGAGCUGCCUCAAUGGCAUCGACUGGACAAUCUAUGGGUUUAUUCACUUCGACAUCUUCGUCGUUCUGCCUAAUGGAUUGGGAGCACUGCUAGGCUUAGCACAACUAGUUCUAUAUGCCUGCUACUACAAAUCUACACCGAAAAAGACUGGCGAGCCGAGAGGGGAGCUCGAGUUGCCGACAACAGCACCAUCAACAAGAUGAUGAUGAUGAUGAUGAUGAUGAUUGUUGUGAAUCAGGGUCUCAUAUUUUGAUCAAUACUGUUUGCAGGAUUUUAGUUUUAUUUUGGGAUCUUGGAUGAUGAUUG